AUGAAGCCCACAUCCAUACUCACGCUCGCAGCACUCCUUGAACUGGCGUCUGCUCGAGCUCAGGAGGUCCCCGCUCCGCCUUUACCCCAGAUCCUCCCAGCUCCCAUAACCACCUCGACGACGACCAUCACGGUGAUCGAAGGAAGCCCACAGCCACCCGGAGCCUCACCCCCUCCUCCUCCUCCCCCUCCCCCUCCUGUUACACCCUCUUCGGCAACUACAGGAUCGCCGCCCACUAAUGGCGCAACAUGCGUGUGCGGCGCCACCUACUGUGGAAAGGUCCUCAAGGGCUCCCAGGGUACCUCCUCUUCCCCACCUUUUCAAAAUCGCAACAUAUCGCUAACUCGGCUCGCAGGCUACACUCAGGACCAGGUAUCCAAAGGCUACUGCUCCAGCCCCGGCAUCGACUGCGCCAGCGCCCAGCCCGACUCGAACCGCCUCGACGACUCACUCUUCGUCUGCCUCUGCGAAUCCUUCGACCAGCCCACCGGCACAGACAUUGAGCUCCUAUGCCCCUGCAACGGCCCGCUGCAAGAACGACGCCCCCGACUUUAUCGGCCGCUGCGAGACGCCCUGCAACCUUAA